AUGAAGAACCGAUGGUCGUGGAUUUUGAGGAAUUUUCUUGAGUUUUACACCCUAACUCUGCCAGUUGGUCCAGUGCUAGUUCCUUCAAAACCAGCCGCCAUUUAUCCAAGGAAAGGGGCAACAGGGUUCUCAGCUUCUUCUACAGCUGAGGAAGCUACUCAAGGACUUGAUGGCACUGGCCUAACCGCCAUCGUCACAGGGGCAUCAAGUGGCAUUGGCACUGAAACUGCACGUGUUCUGGGGUUGCGCGGUGUCCACGUAGUUAUGGGGGUCAGGAAUUUGACUGCAGGCAGGGGAGUCAAAGAAACAAUAGUUAGGCAAAAUCCCAAUGCAAAAAUUGAUGCAAUGGAGUUAGAUCUGAGUUCAAUGGCAUCAGUAAGGAAAUUUGCUGCAGAUUUCAAAUCCUCAGGUCUUCCGCUCAACAUCCUCAUGUAA